UAAUUGUUGAAAAUAUUACUUUAAUACUUAUUCAACAAACAUUUUGUGGUCUACUUUAUGUAAUAAGCAUCAUGCCAGGCUAUGGUAUAGACACAGGCAGGACAGGUGUAACCUCCUGACUUCAAGGAUUCUAGUGAGAAAAACAGUUAAACUUGCAUUUAUAAGAAAGAGUUAUUAUAGAGAAGCAUCGGGUCCUAUGGGACUGCGUAACCAAAGCACUUAUCAUAAACUUGGAGAGUCAGAGAAGACUUUUCAGAGCAGGUCAGUUAAGGCAAGAAACCGAAAAAUGAGAGGACUUAGCCCAGAAAGAGUAUCUGAAGGAAAUGAAAAGGGAAGAAACGUUUUAGGCAGAGGAAGUAGCUUGUGCAAAGGCUUGGAGGUUUAGAGAGCAUCUAUAAGAAGUUUAAUGUGAUUAGAAUGUGGGGUUGGUGAGGGAGGUUGAAGGAGGAUUUGUGACAAAACAGAAAAGUUUUUGAAACUUUUGCCUUUGGGAAGUUUAGAUUGGUUAUGAAGGAAACUAAUAAACAUACUGGCCUAAAAUAAAUACAGUAUUUAAUCUUACCAUCUAGUACAUUUAUAUAGUAUCUUGUUGCUGGUUUGUUUUGUUUUGUUUUGCCGCACAGCAUGGAGGAUCUUAGUUCCCUGAUGGGAUUGAACUCAUGACCCCUGCAGUGGAAGUGUAGAGACUUAACCACUGGACCGCCAGGGAAGUCACCAUUUAUGUAGUAUCUUGAAAGCCAAUCUCAAAUAUUUCUCUGAAACUUCCCAAACUUUUUUAUCCAAAAGACAUCACACUAAAUUCUCAUUGUCUCUGUUGGCAAAGUGAUCACACUCUGGCAUGUCUAUUUUAAAGAAUCUAAUUUGUGAAACAUUAUUUCAGUGUUUACAUUCUAUCUCUUCAAAUAUAUAGUGAGCAUCCUGAACCUCGAGCUUGUUGAACCUUGUAUAUAAUAAAAGCUCAGAGAAAGUAAGGGUUUAUUCAAUUAGCAGGUAAUGGAACACAAAAAAGAAGAGAGAAAGUCUAGUUCUAAUUUCUUCUAUCUAGCUGUGUGAUACUGUACAACUCAUCUGGAUUAAGGUUUUCUUCUCUGUCAGAUGACAGAAUUGGACUCUACCCAAUGAGGAUGGGGGCUUGGAGGGACAAUCUCACUUUUUAAACUAAGCACUAAGCCUCCCCUCUAGAGUUGGAUUUUCUUUGAGGACCUUGACUACUACUAAACCCCUUGAAUAGCAAAGUGUUGAAUGAGAGCUAUUAUUACCGAAGGGAGUAUGAUGCACGUGAAAAACCCAGAAGCUAAGGUAAGACUAUAUGGGUAAUGGCAGUUAACUUUUGAGUUUAUUGUAAUUGACAUCAAUCAGAGACUUGUGCAGUUACAUACUAUGUUUGACUCCCUUUUGUAUCUAUGGGUAAAGUUUAUAGUCUGUUCAGCUCAGUCAGAAGGAAGUAUGUACAUAGUUACUGUGACUAAGGUGAAAUUGAAUUUGUUAUUACUUUAUUGUGAUGAAAUGCCUACUAGCGUCCUGUGUAAAAAAAUUGACCAAAAAGGGAGAAUGGAGCCUUGGUCCCUUUGUGAUAGAAAUGAAUCUUUUUUUCUGCCCUCUAAUUCAUAUAAUCAGGCUAGUAUCUUGCCUUUAUUGGUACCACUUAAAGGAAUAAUCUUAUAAAAGAAGUAUGCUUUUAACUGCAGAACCUCAUGGAAAUUCUGUUUCAGGAAGAUUCUUCAAUCACUAUGUCAAGUGACACAGAUGUUUCUCUUUCUUCAUACGAUGAAGAUCAGGGAUCUAAACUUAUCCGAAAAGCUAGAGAGGCACCAUUUGUCCCCAUUGGAAUGGCAGGUUUUGCAGCAAUCGUUGCAUAUGGAUUAUAUAAAUUGAAGAGUAGGGGCAAUACUAAAAUGUCCGUUCACCUGAUCCACAUGCGCGUGGCAGCCCAAGGCUUUGUUGUAGGAGCAAUGACUCUUGGUAUGGGCUAUUCCAUGUAUCAAGAAUUCUGGGCAAAACCUAAACCUUAGAAGAGGAGAUGCUGUCUUGGUCUUGGUGGUGCUUGCUUUAGUUAGACAUCUCAUAUUGAGGUUAUAUGUUUAUGUUGAAAAUAAAUUCUGUGGGUCGGACAAUAACAUGGUAAUU